AUGCCCGGCUACCUGCUGGGCGGGGCGGGGGCGGGGAGAGUCGGAGUGGCAGGAAGGACGACCCAGGGGAACCACCGACGGACCGAAGCGGGUAGGGUCGGUGCGGGGCGACGUCUGCGCAAGUGUGGAUUUGGGGGCGUCUUCACCUGGAGCAGCUGCAGGAUUCCGCAGAGGAGCGCCUCUGUACAGUACAGCUCAGAGGGCGCAUUUCUGCGGGGGGCCCUCGGCCUUCAGCCCUGCCUCUUUCCCUUGCCAAUCACUUCCCCCAACACCAGGUUCACCCCACGACCCGCACCCUCACGCGCCCCGGGAGGGAACAGGUCGGAGGGAAAGGCUUGGGAACUGGCUCGAUGGGGUCUGAGUAGGGCCCCUCCGUCUGGGCGUCCGUCCGCCACUCUCCCGCUGAUCGUGCAGACAGGAGGGCAGUGCUCCUUGGCCCUUCCUCUCUCCGGCUUGUCGCCGCCCGCCGCCCCCUCUAGAGCCGAGCUCGACGCGGGUCGGGAAUGCCCCGCGCGCGCUCCCGCAGCCGCUCCUUGUCCGGUGGCUGACCGCCGGAUGCCUCCAAGGGCUGGCAGAGCUGUCCGCGUGCGACUUUCGCUCUGGUUGGAUUUCCCCUCCCUUUGCAGCCCUGCCGGCCUCAAAGCAUGGUUUGGGCAGCCCAGCCCAGAUUUCCUGGAUAGAGAGACUCAUGAGGAGGAGCGUCGUCUCUGGCCACGGGAAACUGAGGACUAUCUGAAACCAUCAGGCAUAAAACUCUUCCCCAGUUGUCUGGGCUGUACGGAAAAAUGCUCUAGUUUUUUUUUUCCUCCUGCAGCUCUGAUUUGGUGGAGUGGCAGUGGCUGCUCUUAGCAUGAAUGCGGGAGGAGGUCAUGCAGGGCCAGAGCCCUACAUUUGGCUUCUGGGGUGGGAACAGAGAUGAAAAUGGAGAUAUUAAUCAUAUAACUCCAUGUAACCAAUCAAAAAAUUUAUCAUAAAGUUUAUCUUAAAUUUCAUCUCCCUGAGCCAAGAAAUUAGAGUUGGGGUGGGUAGUUGCCCUCCUCAACCUCAACGUGAGGCUCCCUGGCUGGGGCAUGUCUCCUCUGAUGCCAGUUUUCCCAGCCCAGUCCCCUUCUUCCCUGAAAUAGCAUUCCCCCACCAACCCACAACACACACACAUAGACUUCUUUCUUGCUCCCAUGCACACACACACACACACACACCCCACAUGAAUAGCAGCGUAUUCCUUCUUCCCCAGGGAAGAAGUGCUAAAGAAACUCUAGUCUCAUUAUAAGGUUGGGACAUUGCUGGGGUAGUGUCGGAUGCCUGGACUUUAACAUUUUUUGGAUCUGUCUGAUCAUCCAGGCUACAAGGGUAAGACCGCGGCAUCUGCUGAAACACCUCCACUGGGAGAUCUUUCCCCUUGUUAGUAGAUCCUCUUGACUCAGACCCAUCGACUUUUUUCUGUUUGUGACUCAUUCCCAGCAGAGUGGGUGUGCUGCUUUUAUUUUUGACCAAGGGGAAGGAUUAUGACAGUGAAUUCAGAGUGUGUGGUCAGAGUGUGAGGUCACUUCAGAGGUGGUCCCAGAGCGUGCUGGUUUUCCCAUUGGGUGAGUUGUUUGACUGCCGCCACCCAGCCUCCCUCCCCAAGUCCCCUAGUAAGAAGGAAAACGGAAGGACAGAACAUGGCCUGACUUCCUGAAGGGGACGUUUUUGGUUUUGUUUUGCUUUGAGGCGUUUGAAGUCGCCUGAAAUCUCCGAAGCUUUCAGGGAACCCCCAGGGAUUCUGACAGUUGCACAACUGUCUACAUGGAAUCACUGUAAGAGUCAGGACAAGUUAGGUUAUGCUGUAGUAAUAAGCUCCACAGCUCAGUGCCCUGAAAUAACAGACUCCUUUCUCGCUCACAUUACAUGCCUUUUGCAGGUUGGCAUGUCUAAUAUUGCCAGUCACUAUGCCAAUGGGAAAUUGAGAGAGCCUGGAGGAUCCCACAUCAGCAUUUAAAAGCUCCAGUCACUUUCGCUCACAGCUUAUUGGCCAGAACUAGUCAUAUGACCCCACUCUACAAACAGGAGCAGAUGUACAAUUCUACCUUGUGCUCAGAAGGGGAAAGAGCUGGAAAUAUUUAGCAAUCAGCACUAAUGGCCAGUGCAGUCUUCAAGGGCAUAGAGCAGUUAUUCAUUCAUUUAAUGAGUAAUUCUCUGAUAUCCACUAUGUAUCAAGCACUGUUCUAGGCACUAAAAGUACAACCGUGAAAUGGAUAUGUUCAUGAAGCUUGCCUUUAGUGAGAGCCAGAUAAUAAACAGAUAAAAGAGUAAUAUGAUGUCAGGUUGUAAGCACUUUGAUGAAAAAUCAAGCACAUUAAGGGGAUGAAGGUGAUAGAGGCUACUUUAUUAGA